GCCCCCCCCUAGACAGGAGUGUAUAAAUAUGAAAACUGCCCAAACUCCAACCCCAGACUUUAGAAGGGGGUCGGGUGGUAUACAUCCCAGUCACCGCGCUCUUCCCUAUUGACUGCUAUGCCUUCUCUUCAAGCACUCUUGUCAUCCAUCCUCUUCCUCGCUGCUUCCCUCGGCCCCAACACGGGGGUAGCUACUGCAGCGAAAGCCGACGUCCGUGAUUGGGCAAGCGCACGCACAGCGCACAGGCAUGAACCACCUGUUUUCAAGCACAUUGCCAAUUCGAACGUCCUGAUCGAUUUGGAUUUGAGAGCGGUUCCGUAUGCGGAAUCAUAUAGACGGGUAAAUACCAAGAUUUUAGGGGGAAAUGUUACACUUGCAGACGGGACACUCAUUGCCCAUAUUGUUCCUGGAAUUGGAGGCGAGCAAGGCUACAUCGACAACGAGGCAUGGUCCCAUCUCGAUGCCAGAUACACCAUUCAAUUCGUCAAGGAUAACAGUUAUGGAUUUGUCAGAAGGAUCGCGUUCAGUCCCGACUUCUCAGGAAACUAUGGUUUCGCAUGGAUCGAAACAGACUCCACCAUUGCAAAGGAGUACACCUCAUUCAUCGUACGUUUUAUGCACCCGCCGGCGAAUAUUCUCGGGCGGUUGAUCGCAACGAGAUUGUAUGCCUCGAUCGAUGAUCCGUACUAACGGAACCGAUGACUUGGGGGGGGGGGGGGUCUAGCAAAGGGCCAUUGCAUCCGUCUGUUUAUCGGUCUGUAUCCGUGCAGAUAGGUUGCCACGAAAUUCGU